AUGGCAUUUUUAUGUAAUGUUCAACUUUUCCAAAAAGGGAUUGAAGAAAUAAAAUUGAUGAAAAAGUUGAUAUACGGAAAAAUCGAUAUCUCCGCGAUCGAAAAUGAAGAAAGUUACAUGACCAAACUAGCCAAAAUUAAAUUAUUAAAUGAAAAAAAAAAAAAAUACAAUGAUUUAGCUACCUCGGAAAAAAUCAAAUCAUGCUCUUCCAAGAAAGGAAAAAAAUCAAGAAGUAACUCAUCGUCAAAUGGAAAUAAAAAAGGAGGAAAAAACCAAGACAAUUCAAAUAACAACCAAAAUAGCGAAAACAACCAAAGUAGCGAAAACAACCAAAAUAGCGAAAACAACCAAAAUGGAGAAAACAACCAAAAUAACGAAAAUGCAAAUAAUGGAUCGAAUGGAAGUAGCAAUGGUAAUGAUGGCUCUGAUGAUGGUGAAGAUAAAAAACAAAAUAAUAACUUCAUAGAAAACGAUUCAGAUAAUGAAGAAGAGGAAGAAAAUCAAAAACAGAAAUCGGAAACUAAUGAAGAUGAUAACCAAAAUGAAAAUAAUACCGAAAUUAAAAAUAAUGUACACUCAAAUGAAGAUGAAAAUUUAGAAGAAAAUGUAUAUGAACAAAAUAAUAUGACAAAUUUAGAAGAAGAAAAUGAAGAUAAUAAUAAUAAUAUUAUAAAUAGAAGCGACUCAUCAAUUAAGGAAUAUAGCUAUGAAGAUUCUCGAAUUGAAGCAUGUAUAUAUGAAAAUAUAAAAACUGGAAAUAAUCAAAUAGCCAAUGAUCAAUUUAAUGAAAAUAAAAAAGAUUAUUAUGGAAACCCAUUUACUGCUAGUAGUUGUGAAGAUGCAAUGAAAAUGUCUAUGGAAAAUAGUUCAUUUGCCAAUUCCAAUGAAAUAAAUCAAGAAGAUAAAAAUAAAGCUGUAAAAAAAAUAAAAUUUCAAGAUGAAAAAAAUAAUGAUGAUAAAAACCCUCCAGAAUAUAGUAGUUUUAUAAAACAUUAUGUUACUAAUGUUGGACCUAAUAAUAAACAUAUUUUAAAAAAUUAUAUGCAAAAUUUCCCAAUCGAAUCUCAAUCAUUUGGACUUAACAGAUUAUAUAAUGAAACAAAUUCAUUUGAUUACAAUAGCUUAUCUUCUAUGGAAAAUAAAAAAAAUUGUUGUAAUCUUCAAAAUUUCUGUAGUUGUUUUGGAGGGAAUAAUAAUAAUAAUGAUGAUGAUACCAAUCAAAACAAAAGUAACAAUAAUAGUAAAGAAUCUUUUGAUAAAUAUGAAUCAAACGAAUAUAAAACAACUAAAAGCAAUGUCUCAAUACAUCCUGGAUAUUAUGAAAAUUUUAAUUAUAAAAACAUUUUCAAUACUAUUAAAAAAUAUGAUUGUACAAAUCCAACGAAUUAUAUACAAAGCUAUAAUUGUAUGAAAACAACACAAGACUUUAUUAAAAAUCACUCAAUAGAAGAAGGAAUAGAAUUUAUUAAAAAUAAUGUAGAUUUUGAAAAAAUAAAAACAAAUGUAGAUAUAGAAAAUAUUGCAAGAAGUUUAACUAUGGAUAGUUUAAAACAAAAUUUAAGUAUAGAUAUUAUUAAAAACAGAAUAGAUAUAAAUAGAAUAUCAAGACAAUUAAAUAUUAGACACAUUAUGUCAAAAAUAUAUAUAAAAAAUCCUAAAAAAAAUAUCGAUUUUCAAACUAUUCAAAAAUUUAUCGAUAUUAACCAAAUAACACAAAAUGCUGAUAGUUUUGAUGGAAGUUAUGAAUUAGAAGAUUUAUUUGCAGAUUAUAUACAAACAUAUGUAGAUAACAUAAAACGUACAAUUGACAUACAAGCAAUGAAAAAUAAUUAUUUUAAUAUAUUUCAAAGUUGCAAUCCUCAAUUGAAAAAUACAAAUUAUAUAAAAUCAGCUGCCAAAAGUAUACAAACUAUUAACCAUAUGUAUUCAAAUAAUAAAUUAAAUUUUAACUUAAAUGAACAUAAAAAAUAUAUUGUAUUUAAUCAGAAAAAAUCGGUUAAUCUAAUCAAAUCGUUUUAUAGCAAAAAAUCUACUUUUGUUAAAAAAAAAAUAGAAGUUAACAAAAAAUUCUUAAAUAAUUAUUUUAAUGCAUGUGUGAUAGAUUGUAAUAAUAAUUCAGAAAUGUUAGGAUCAAAUGAAUUAGCUCAAAAAUCUUUUGCUGAAUAUCAAAUUAAUAAAUCCGAAUCAUCCUAUCCAGAAAAAUCAAUGGAUCUUGAAGAUAUGAGACUCAAAUCAUUUUUCAAAACAGCUAACUAUAAUGAUGUUCAGAAAAAACAAUUUUUAUCUGGCAUGUGUUGUGGCGGUGCAAAAAGUGGAGAUGCCAGUGAACCUUUAAAUAAUGAACCAUCUUUAACACCAGAACAAUCUAUAAAUCUUGAAGAUAUGAGACUCAAAUCAUUUUUCAAAACGGCUAACUAUAAUGAUGUAGAAAAUAAGAAAUAUUGCUCCGGUAUGUGCUGUGGCGGUGCAAAAAGUAUAGAUGCUAGUGAACCUUUAAAUAAUGAACCAUCUUUAACACCAGAGCAAUCCAUAAAUCUUGAAGAUAUGCGACUCAAAUCAUUUUUCAAAACAGCUAACUAUAAUGAUGUUCAGAAAAAACAAUUUUUAUCUGGCAUGUGCUGUGGCGGUGCAAAAAGUGGAGAUGCCAGUGAACCUUUAAAUAAUGAACCAUCAUUAGAGCCAGAACAAUCUAUAAAUCUUGAAGAUAUGAGACUCAAAUCAUUUUUCAAAACAGCUAACUAUAACGAUGUUCAGAAAAAACAAUUUUUAUCUGGCAUGUGCUGUGGCGGUGCAAAAAGUGGAGAUGCCAGCGAACCUUUAAAUAAUGAACCAUCUUUAACACCAGAGCAAUCCAUAAAUCUUGAAGAUAUGAGACUCAAAUCAUUUUUCAAAACAGCUAACUAUAACGAUGUUCAGAAAAAACAAUUUUUAUCUGGCAUGUGUUGUGGUGGUGUAAAACGUAUGGAUGAUGAAACUUUAAAUGAUGAACCAUCAUUAGAGCCAGAACAAUCCAUAAAUCUUGAAGAUAUGAGACUCAAAUCAUUUUUCAAAACAUCUAACUAUAAUGAUGUUCAGAAAAAAGGAUUUUUCUCUGGUAUGUAUUGUGGCGGUGCAAAAAGUAUGAAUGCUGAUGAAACUUUAGAUAAAGAAAGCACAGUUCACUUUGAUGCUGAACAUUCAGAAGCAUGUGAUUGUCCUAAUAACCAUUUAAAAUCAACAAUUAAACAUGAAGAUGGUUUAGAAACAAAUGUUACAUGCUUUAGCAAACCUAACAAUAAUUUAAGAUAUAUGAAAGUCGUAUUACCCAAUAAUGAAGAAAGCGAUAUCAUAUAUGAUGACAGAAAAAAAAUAUUCUUUGAUUUAGAUGGUAAUGCUUAUGCACAUAUUGUACAUAAUUUAUACUUUAAUGUAAAAGAUAAAUUAAUUUAUGAAAUUUAUUAUGUUGGCGAAAUUAAUUAUGAACAAAUCAGAAAUUCUUUGAUCAAAUUUGGUAACUACAUGGUUACUGAAAAAUAUGCACCAUGCAAAAUUAUUAUGGAAAUGUGCAAAAAAUUCAACAAUUUAAUGAAUAACGUUCUAGGAGUAAAUAAGAACGAUACAUAUUAUCUUGACAGAGAAAAUCUUGUCGAAGUUAUAAUUAAAUGA